AUGGUGGCCCGCGGGGCACGGACCUCAGCGCAGCCCGCGGGCUCCGGCGCGCAUCGGGACUGGGCCGGGCUUGGGGCCGCGCUGCCGCCCGCGCUGCGCUGUGCUCCGCGUUCGCCUAUUGAUCUGCUCCGCGGCGGCGACGGCGGCGGCGAGGAGCCAGUCGCCAAUCGCCUGGGCGCCUUACGGGCGAGGCCGCCCACCCCCGCGGAUUCCGCGCGCAGGGCGGGGCGGGGCAGGGGCGGGAGCCCGAGCUCCGGGAGUCCCUGCCCGCCCUCUCCUGCCCGCGCCGGGCGGGGGAGCGAGAGGCGCGGGGACUGGCAGCCGCGGACUCCUGAGAGCGUGGCCUGGCGUCCGCACAGGGUGGAAUUCGUAUUUGGCCAGAAAUCCGGACUCCGAGCAUCCCAGGAGACGCGGACCGGGGGCCUCCAGAGCUCUCCAGAGCGUGCUGCCGCUCCCCAUCGGCCACCAGGGACUUGGAGGCCCUUCCUGGGUCCGGAGAAGCGACGGGGAAACUUAGGGCUGUGGUGCCACGAGAAUACUCAGAUAGCACAUGGACAGGCCCACAUGGCAAUGAAUUGCAACUUGCCAGCAACCAUGUGGGUUAGCUUGAAGCAGAUUCUCCAGUCCUGAGUCUUCAGGUGGCUGUAGCUCUGGCUGACCAUGUGACUGAACCUGAGGAGAAAGGCUGAGCCAAAGACACACAGAUAAGCUGCACCUGGAUUCCUGACCUACAGAAACUGUGAAGUAAUAAAUGUUUGUUGUUCAAAGCCAAGGGCUGGCA